AUGGAAUUGCUUCGUUUAGCUGUCUUUUGGUAUUCUGAGAUAAGAGAGUUCACCACGCUUGCAUCAAAACAAAUCACUGUGUUGGUAGAUCAGAAACUACAUGCAGACUUGUUUAACGUACUACAAGAAUUGUUUGACCUUCCUCUUGAGACCAAAAGGAAAAAUGUUUCUGAUGUACCUUUCACUGGGUUUAUCGAACAUGUACCCCACCGAUCUUUCAUUGAAUCCAUGGCAAUCACUCGUACAGAAACUCUUGAAGGAAUUCAAGAUUUCACAAAAACCAUGUGGCCUAAUGGCAACAAUAAUUUCUGCAAAAUUGUUCAUUCAUACACAAAGACAGUGGAAGAGCUACAUAAAAUGGUGGUGAAGAUGAUCUUCGAUGGUUAUGGAGAAAAUGGAGAGUGGCUUGAUGUUCACUUAGCUUCUUCAGAUUUUUUAGUCUUGGCAGGCGAAGGAAUCAUGGGGUGGAGCAAUGAUAGGAUUGAUGGUUGUGAUCAUCGAGUGACAAUAAAAAGUAAGGAGAAAAGAUUCUCAGUUGGCCUAUUCUCAUUUGACAAAGGAAUAAUGCAAGUGCCAAAAGAAUUUGUUGAUGAUGAUCAUCCUUUAAUGUAUAAACCCUUCGAUCACAUUGGUCUGCUUCAUUUCUUUGGUACCCCUGAAGGUUACAAGCAGCACCAUUCUUUGAAAGCAUAUACCGGCCUUUGAGCUCCUUUCGCACACACACCUAUCCAUAAGCUGCGUUGGUCUUUGAAUAAAUAUGGAAUUGGUGUUUUUUAUAUUGUUUAUACUCGUUUUAGAUAUUCGUAGUUUAAAAUAGUUAAGUUAAAAUAAGAUAUUAGCCGAGCACACAUGUAUGUAUCCAUAAGGUGUGUUGGUCUCUGAAUAAAUAUGGAAUUAAUGUUUGUUUAAUGGGUUA